UGUGCAAGGCCGGAACCCACGUUUCCAGGAUGACCCCGGAACCAAGAAUCUUCAGUCUGCGGAACUCAAACAAUAGAAAUGUUGCCAUCGGACCCCUUAACCAGCUGAAGCAAGAAGUCCUUCAGUAAGGAAAAUCCGGCUUCCAUCUGCCAUAGUACCUUGUUUACCAUAUAUGGACUGCUUUGAAAACUAGCCAAUCAGCUUGUGCCAAGUUUGAAAUGUCCCUAACCUCUUAAAUUUUGCCCCAAACCCUGGCUGGGGAAGACAGAUUUGAGCCCUGCCUCCUGUCUCCUUGCCGGUCGACCUCGCAAUAAAGCUUUUUCUUUUCUCAAAAGCUGGUGCCAUAGUAUUGGCUUCUGUGCGCGCCAGGCAGUGAGCCCUUGCUCGGUGAGAAUUUCUGGCGAUCGCAAACGAACUAAGCUCCUGUGAUCGCCUGGCUGAGGCACUGUAGCCUCCGGCUGGGUGUAGGCCCUCGUCACCGACCCUGAGUGGCCACCUAGACCCGAUUUGUCUAGAGGCUCGGCUGUCGGGUUCCUGCUUCCCGCAGCAGCUGCGCUCCAAGCUCCUCCGCGCUACUUUCACUUUUGGGGAAAGAAACAGCUCCUGGAUCUUUUGGCUGUCAAGUGGAAUGUCAUGGCCAGCUCCUCGGACAGUGAAGAUGAUAGUUUCAUGGCUGUGGACCAAGAAGAGACUGUGCUGGAAGGGACAAUGGAGCAAGAUGAGGAGCCCCGCCCAGUAUUGGAGGUUGAGGAGACUAGACAUAAUAGGUCCAUGUCUGAGCUGCCAGAAGAGGUUUUGGAGUAUAUCCUGUCCUUUCUCUCACCAUACCAGGAACACAAAACUGCAGCCCUUGUCUGCAAACAGUGGUACCGACUUAUUAAAGGUGUAGCCCACCAGUGUUAUCAUGGUUUCAUAAAGGCUGUCCAGGAAGGAAACAUUCAGUGGGAGAGUCGGACUUACCCUUAUCCUGGAACCCCAAUCACUCAGCGGUUCUCACACAGUGCGUGCUAUUAUGAUGCUAAUCAGUCUAUGUAUGUGUUUGGAGGCUGUACCCAAAGCAGCUGCAAUGCUGCCUUCAAUGACCUCUGGAGACUUGACCUAAAUAGCAAAGAGUGGAUCCGACCUUUGGCUUCAGGGUCCUAUCCUUCCCCCAAAGCUGGCGCGACUCUGGUUGUAUACAAGGACCUGCUGGUGCUGUUUGGUGGUUGGACACGGCCAAGCCCUUACCCCCUACACCAACCAGAGAGGUUCUUUGAUGAAAUACAUACUUACUCACCGUCUAAAAACUGGUGGAACUGCAUUGUGACAACCCAUGGCCCACCUCCCAUGGCUGGGCAUUCUUCUUGUGUGAUAGACGAUAAAAUGAUUGUCUUUGGUGGCUCCCUAGGAUCCCGGCAGAUGAGCAACGACGUCUGGGUCCUUGACCUCGAGCAGUGGGCGUGGUCCAAGCCGAACAUCUCUGGCCCUAGUCCUCAUCCUCGAGGUGGCCAAUCUCAGAUUGUCAUAGAUGAUGCAACUAUUUUAAUCCUUGGAGGGUGUGGUGGUCCCAAUGCUCUGUUCAAGGAUGCUUGGUUGUUGCACAUGCACUCAGGUCCCUGGGCCUGGCAACCACUCAAGGUGGAAAAUGAAGACCAUGGGGCCCCAGAACUGUGGUGCCAUCCAGCUUGCCGAGUAGGGCAGUGCGUGGUGGUCUUCAGCCAGGCUCCUAGUGGGCGAGCCCCACUCAGCCCCAGUUUGAACUCUCGCCCAUCACCUAUCAGUGCCACUCCUCCAGCCCUAGUUCCCGAACCUCGAGAAUACCGCUCUCAGUCUCCGGUAAGGAGUAUGGAUGAAGCUCCCUGUGUUAACGGCCGCUGGGGAACACUGAGGCCCAGAGCGCAAAGACAGACCCCCUCAAGUUCCCGAGAAGGAAGCCUUUCCCCAGCCAGAGGCGAUGGCUCUCCCAUCCUCAAUGGUGGGAACUUAUCUCCAGGAUCAGCAGCUGUAGGUGGCUCUUCCUUGGACAGUCCUGUACAGGCUAUAUCUCCUAGCACUCCAUCUACCACUGAAGGAUAUGACCUAAAAAUGGGACUUUCUUUGGCCCCCCGACGAGGGUCACUACCAGAUCAGAAAGAUCUAAGAUUGGGAUCAAUGGAUCUGAACUGGGAUCCGAAACCUGCUUCCAGUAGCAGUCACAUGGAUGGUGUGGACAGCAGAACAGUUGGGGGAAGUUUGAGACACCCUCCUGAACAGACAAAUGGUGUGCAUACCCCACCGCACGUGGCCAGUGCCCUUGCAGGAGCAGUUUCCCCAGGUGCCCUGCGUCGGAGCCUAGAAGCCAUCAAAGCAAUGUCGUCCAAAGGCCCCCCAGCCUCCGCAGCACUAAGUCCUCCUCUGGGGUCUUCUCCAGGCUCCCCUGGGAGCCAGAACCUGAGCAGUGGAGAAACAGUGCCCGUUCCCCGCCCAGGGCCUGCCCAAGGAGAUGGACAUUCCUUACCUCCCAUUGCCCGGCGCCUGGGCCACCACCCUCCACAGUCCCUAAAUGUUGGCAAACCCUUGUACCAGAGUAUGAACUGCAAGCCCAUGCAAAUGUACGUGCUGGACAUUAAAGACACCAAGGAGAAGGGGCGAGUCAAAUGGAAAGUAUUUAACAGCAGUUCUGUGGUUGGACCUCCCGAAACCAGCCUGCAUACAGUGGUACAAGGCAGGGGCGAACUCAUCAUAUUUGGAGGACUCAUGGACAAGAAGCAGAAUGUGAAGUACUAUCCAAAAACAAACGCCUUGUACUUUGUGCGAGCAAAGAGAUAAUAUGUUCUAAACCCCUUUCCCUUCCUGUGGCUUUUAAUUUGGAAUUUUCCAGCGUGCAAGCAUUUGGACUGAGAAUUGAGAAAACAAGGGACAAAAUUACUCUCAUAAACCAAACCCCAAUUCCCAACCUCACUCACUCCAGGCUGGGAUCAAAUCUCCAUUAAGAAAAGAAUUAUAUAAAUAUAUAUUAUAUAGCCAACUCUGUUUACAAAGAGGGAGAGAUCUCCGUCCUGGUUCAGAUAAAAUUGUUGCUGUGUUUUAGCAGAGGCUGUGCUGCCUUUUUCUACUUUGCUGAUAACUAGACCAAGAAUUUAGGGAAUAGAUUAAUACCAGAACCUUACUAAAGAAACUGAAGAGCCACCUGUAAAUCUUAUUUGGCCUUCUUAGAGUUAGAAAAAGAGAGGGCAUGUGUAAGAUGCACGACUAGAGGUUUCAGAUUCCCGUGCUUCAGGGGCUGGCAGGGUAAAAGUAACCUGUAGAAAACUGUUCUUCUCCCCGCCCUGCCCCGCCCGCAGAGGACCUGUGAAAACUUCUCUUUGCAGUAAUGCCCUGUGCCUGGCCCUAUUCUGCUCUUUGUGACUGAGGAAAGUUACCCAACAAGGGAUUUUGUUCCACGUUUGUGUGCCGGGAUCAUCGUGAAACAAAGUUUAUGCAGAAACACCUAGUGUCCAUUGGUUUUUGCUCUCUCCAUGUUUCAGAAAACAUUCUGGUGUCUGAUUGUGGAAUUUUCUGACAAUCAUAUUUCGUUGCAGUUGCCAAAAACCACAUUUGUUCUCUUUUUCUUUCCCUUAAAACCUGAUCCUCAGAGGCUGCCUUUGCUAUUUAUAGGCUGCUUUUCUUCCCUCCUUCCUCUCUCCCUCCCUCCCUCCCUCUUUUUCUUUAAUAUGUGGAUUUUUUAAGCCCUAAAACCUUUCGCACUUUCUCUUAUUAAGCUUGGGUGCCCAGAGAAAUCUCUUAGAAAUAUUUCUGGAAUCCAUUUUCUGGUGUCACUAGGGGACCAGUAGGGAAUUCUGAGAUGCCAGUAUCAUGAGAAAUCCUUGAAGCAUCAAAAGAUACUGUUGUACCUUACGGGCUUCUUUUUAUUUCCAAAGCACGUUGGACACACCCAUCCAUGUUUAUGGAACGUGGAAAUGGAUCUUGGGAGAGAAUCCCAAUAACGGUUCCUUCUAGAAAUGACUUUUGCCCUUGUUUGUGACACGCAUUUUUCUGCCUGGCUGUUGACUGGUGAUUGGGUUGAAUAUCAUGUGCUUGGCCUCUCUGAUGCGUGGCUGACCUUGGGAGCAGCUCCUUCUUUGUCAUUGUCAUGUUUACCUGUCACCCAAACAAGGCUUGGGUUUUUACUUUCAUGUCAUUUCUGAGAUAAGGUGUAACCAACCAGAGCAUGUUCUUUGGUUGACACAGGAAAUUACAAGUUACCAGUCUCUAAACCACGGCCUGGACAUAGGAGACAUUGGCACCACUUAAAUGUGGGUUUUUUUGGUGAUUUCUCAUCAGUAGAAAGAGGAUUUUUAUUUUGCCUUUAGGGUUUAAAUUUCAAAACACGGCAUUUCUCAUCCCCACACUCCCCUUUUUCUUGUUAGCAUUUCCCAAGCGCAAGCCUGCUACAGCUGGCCCUGGGUCCUGGCUCUCAGCCAGCUCUUAGCAGUCUGUCUGAUAAGUCUGUUUUCUCCUGUUAACGUCAUGUUAAAUCCUUUCCCCUAGCCAUUAGCUCUACAAUGUGGUCUUGGUGGGAAAGCGCCCCUGGUGCCAAGCCCAGGAAAGGGCCAGCUCAUGGGGAGGGGUAUGUGUUCCAGAAACUGCUCUAUGUGCUCCCUUAGAUGAGGAAACUACCAUGUGCCUACUUACUGUGGUGUCCAACUGCUCAGAGCUCAGCACUUAGCUUUCCAGACUCUCUGCUCUGGGCCUGUUGCCAGUCCUUCUUUGGCAAAGACUGAUCGUGUGGGGGUCCUUAUUCACAAGAGAAAGCUAGCCUAGAAGAUCAGCAAUUUUGGCAUUACUGCUAUUGCUGAACCUUGUUUAUGACAUUGCAUUUGUGCAUGGACAGUGCCUCCAAACUCAGUUCCUACUUAAAUAUAACGUAUUUGGAAGCCUGCAAGUUCAGAAUCUCAACUUUGUAAUCUUUCCUUUUGUCCUGUGGCCUUCCUAAGCCAGCUGUUAACUUGUUGAUUCCUUCUACUUUCCCCAAGUAGGCAGGCAACAGAGAUGAUGAUUCUCUUAGAAAGUAACCUGGCUCCUCGGAACUCCAUGGCAUCCCAGUAUUACCCACGCCACUUGGAACCAGACUGUCUGUUUACAGCUCUUGAAGAAGAAUCUGCCUCUUCCGCACCUGGUGGUGUGGGUCCUGGUGGCUCCUGGGCGUUGUGGCCGUGUAUCUUGGGAGAGUGACUCAACAUAGUCAAGGUGACUGUCUCCUCCGGCCCUUGUGAAGCCGCCCCAUGCAGUGGAACUUCAGGCGUCUCAGCUGAGGUGACCGUUUCCACGGCGCCAUGGAUGCUUCAGUCAGAUCAGAUUUAACCACAGCUCUGGUUUUGACAUGAUGCCGACUUUGUCUUAAAAUUCACUGAGGAAAAUGAGGCAAAAUAUUUUUUUAAACCCUCAGGAGCACCUAAAGUAAAUAUUUAUCCAUAUUUAAGUAUUUAAAAUACAUUUUGUUUCUACUUGAAGCUUUAACCCCCUUCCAUUCCUGCAAGUGUGCCUUUGAGAGCCCCCAUGUCACAUUGACUCCACUGGCCACCUCAUUGACGUCGUGAGAAUUUUAGUCUCUUCCCGUCCUCUUGAACAGAGCUUCCUGUUUUCUCAUUUUGCAGGCUGUGCAGCAGAGAGGGUUCUGUAUUUUUGCUCAUGUUUCUGCCCUGCUGCUACACUUCGGUGGUGGGUUCCACAAACCACCACCCACCAUACAUUUGGAAGCACACAUUUGGUACCAAAACAAGCUUACAUUUUAGUUGUAAGGCAAUACUGGGCUUACUCUCCUCCCAGCCCUCUGGAGAUUGAUUUCAUUUUAAUGUUUGAGUUUUCUAUCAAGAGCUGAAACCACGAACUAUCCUAGGAACUGUGUCCAAACUCUUUAAAAUAGAAGAAGAGGAAGAAGAAAGAAAAGCAACUGAAGUCUUGACUUUGGAGGACAGAAAGCCACCAGCUGAUGGAGAACAAAGGGAUGCUUCCUUUUCCUUUCACUUUAUUUUUCUGGAUUUCCUUCUGCUUUGCUUCUUCAGAGUGACAUUCCUGGUUGGUUUGUCUGUCUGUCCUUGUCCUUGUAACGAUCCUGGUAUGGUGAUGUGCUCUGCUUUGCAUUAUCUGUGGUCUCUUACCAGCGCACAAGUCAAUGGGGAGGAUCUGAACACACCCAGGGGCAAGGAAGCCGAACUUCAAAGCCUGUACCCCAUGCAGCCUCCCCAUGAACUGCAGAAGGCAUGUUCUGCAUGGUCACCAGUAAGUGGCUCCCUCCACCAUGUUCACUGUCAAAUGAAAGCAACCCUUAGGCAUUGGCUCCACUGUACUCUCUCUCUCCUCCCUCUGCUCCCUUCCCACCAACCAGGGUUCAUGUCAGUGCACACCUGUCGUGCCCUGACGAAGCUGGUGCUGUGAGUGAUGUUUCCCCUACAGCUCAGGGGUCCUGGGUGGCUUACCCUGAGAUGAUCAUUUUAGGCACAUAACAGUGUAGGAAUGAAAAGUGGAUUUGAUUUCAUUGAUAUUUAAAUCUCUGUCGAUUUUAUUUUUUGUUUAUGUUUUCCCCAAUGACUUUUUAGCAGUUUAACAAAUAAAACAAAAUGGAUAGAAUUGUCUUAACUGUUUUAUUAGUAUGAAAGAAAGCAAGCUGUGACGAAAAGCAAUUGGAGAUUGAAGUUGGAAGCAAGGUAGUUGGAAAGAUUCUCCUCCUCUAGGAGGUUGCCCGUCCAUGAGGACGUCAUUUAAUAAAGCAGCUCUCUCCAUCAUGCUUGAAGGACUCAGUGUUUCAGAGCCUCAGUACCACCCUGCAUUGGAGACCCAAGAGAGGUGAUGAGCUUGGAGCAGAGGCCCAGGGACCAGCAUGACAUCUACGCCAUCACUGGCCUCCUAAGCAAAGAUGAGGACACGGGGCCUCCGGGUCUUGAAACAGCAUAGCAAAUGGGGGUUCAGAACACAGGCCUGAGCCCUAUAGGCCUGUGGCUAAUUCUGCCUUCCGCCAUUUACUACUUAAUCUUGGAUACAAGUUUCCUAUCUAUAAAUAUAGUUUCUAUUUUAUAGGAUCAUGAGGAUUAAUUGAAGUUGUAUAUGAAGAGCACCAGCACAGUGCCUGGCACAUGAUAAAUGCUUAGUAAGUGGUGGCUGUUAUUUAUAAUUAGCCCUUGAGGAAAAUACGUGAUCUUGAAUGAAAGUGCUGGGCAAUGUGUGUAAACUGUUAGGAGCAUGGCCAUACUAAAGAUUAUGCAUGUCCACAGUUGUCUGAGUCGUCUUUUACAUGUCACCAUGAGAACCCCUGAGGCUUUUGCCUUGAGAGCAGUACGUAGCAGCUGCUGCCAUCAAUCAGGUCAGAAUGGUCUCAGUAGUUUCGUCUCCCUGUGGACUUUAUUCUUUGGUUUGCCAGUUGAAUUCAGCCUCUAGCUCGUGAAGGAUUCUGCCUGGAUUCAAAGGCACACUUAGGAGUCCCUCCCAUCAAGCCUCUUAGAUAGCCUCAUCCACCAGAGGGCAGACAGCAGAAGCAAGAAGAACUACAGCCCUGCAGCCUGUGGAACAAAAACCACAUUCACAGAAAGACAAGAUGAAAAGGCAGAGGGCUAUGUACCAGAUGAAGGAACAAGGUAAAACCCCAGAAAAGCAACUAAAUGAAGUGGAGAUAGGCAACCUUCCAGAAAAAGAAUUCAGAAUAAUUAUAGUGAAGAUGAUCCAGGAUCUCGGGAAAACAACGGAGGCAAAGUUCGAGAAGGUGCAAGAAAUGUUUAACAAAGACCUAGAAGAAUUAAAGAACAAACAAACAGAUGAACAAUACAAUAACUGAAAUGAAAACUACACUGGAAGGAAUCAAUAGCAGAAUAACUGAGGCAGAAGAACGGAUACGUGACCUGGAAGACAGAAUGGUGGAAUUCACUGCUGCAGAACAGAAUAAAGAAAAAAGGAUGAAAAGAAAUGAAGACAGCCUAAGAGACCUCUGGGACAACAUUAAACGCAAAGACUUUCGCAUUAUAGGGGUCCCAGAAGGAGAAGAGAGAGAGAAAGGACCAGAGAAAAUAUUUGAAGAGAUUAUAUAUAGUUGAAAACUUCCCUAACCAUGGGAAAGGAAAUAGCCACCCAAGUCCAGGAAGCAUAGCGAGUCCCAUACAGGAUAAACCCAAGGAGCAACACGCUGAGACACGUAGUAAUCAAAUUGACAAAAAUUAAAGACAAAGAAAAAUUAUUGAAAGCAGCAAGGGAAAAACAAAAAAUAACAUACGAGGGAACUCGCAUAAGGUUAACAGCUGAUUUCUCAUCAGAAACUCUACAAGCCAGAAGGGAGUGGCAAGAUAUAUUUAAAGUGAUGAAAGGGAAGAACCCACAACCAAGAUUACUCUACCCGGCAAGGGUAUCAUUCAGAUUUGGUGGAGAAAUCAAAAGCUUUACAGACAAGCAAAAGCUAAGAGAAUUCAGCACCACCAAACCAGCUCUACAACAAAUACUAAAGGAACUUCUCUAAGUGGGAAACACAAGAAAAGGAUCUACAAAAACAAACCCAAAACAAUUAAGAAAAUGGUAAUAGGAACAUACAUAUCGAUAAUUACCUUAAAUGUGAAUGGAUUAAAUGCUCCAACCAAAAGACACAGGCUUGCUGAAUGGAUACAAAAACAAGACCCAUGUAUAUGCUGUCUACAAGAGACCCACUUCAGACUUAUUUCUAAGUGGUAGAAUUAUAGCUAAUUUUAGGGUUUUUUUGCUUAUGUGUAUUCUGUAGUAACCACAGGUGUUCCUUGUGCAAUAGAUAUAUUAAUAUUUUUAAAAAACAUUCAGAAGAAGUCAGAUUCCAUCAGAUAUAGGUCAAUUUCCUGUGUCUCCUACAUUUAAAGGAUAAAGGAAGAGAAGGACACCAGUUUUCAUGUAGGUAAUAAAAAAAAAAAAGGCACACUUAGUAUCAUUUGGGGGCUGAUGACAUGAGUCUGCCCACCCGUGUGGGAGCCUGGGGGGGGGGGCUACAGCCCUGAAGCCACUUGCUGAGUAUGUGCCAGUUUCUCAUAACCCUGGGUCUUCGUGCCAAGCACCGUUAUGUUCUUUUCAUUCAGUGCAUACUGAAUGUUAACCUUAUCCCAGGCUCAGGUGCUGUAAGCCUGCAGGUCUCAUCCUGUCUGCACAGUUGUGUUUCCCAAGCUGCAAGAUGAAACUUUUCCAUUUCUAACAACGUGUGGUCUGAUGCUCUCUGUUCUGUUUACUGUACUUUGAGGCAUAUAGCAAACUAGACCAUGGUGUGAGGAAGGGUCUUGGGUACAGAGGGCCCAUGUGCUGGCAGGUACUGAUUUGGUGGUGGUAGGGAUAGAAGGAUUGUUUCGGAUGCUUCCACAGUUGCCCUUGCAGAAGGGUUGGGCUUGCUCCUUAUGGCUUUAUUGGGCUAAACAAGGUCCAGUAGGUAGAAGCUCUAGAGAAGGCUCAUUGGGAAGAACUUUGUACUGUCAGAGCUCUACGUAAAUGAGAGGAACCAGUGUGGCAUCACUGGAGGAAUUCAAGCAUUGCCUGGAUAGUCGGACUAUGGGAUGUUGUAGAGGAGGUGAUGUUCGGUGGGUUGGGUGCUAGUGGUGAUUGGUGGUCCGGGAAGACCCCACAUGCCCAGCCUUCAGAAUAGGUCAGUCCCAUAAGGCUCCCUGACAGCUUCCUAACUCAGUCCAUCUGUGCCAGGGGCCGUGCUCCUAACUACUGAUGAGCAGGCUCCUGCUCUGGAAGCGUCAGAGCAUGAAGAUAGCAGUGUGAUUGACCCCACGUCAGAGGAUGUGUGGAGCAGAGAGGAGGGAACUUGCCAAUUUGAGGAGAAACCUUAACGUCAAGGAGAACACAGCGCACAGAAGAGCCAUGACUCAAUCCCAGGCCUUGCAGGAGUUGGCAGCCAGCAGUCCCGUGCAGUCCCAGCACAGUACUCCCUGGCCACUUCCCUGGGUACUAAAGGGCCAGAGGCCUGUAUACAUUUGCGUCUGAAUCACAGCACCCAGCCAGUGAAAGGGCAAUGCCACACUGUCCUGUCUGCUUCCCGCAUCUCUACAGCUCUUCUCCAGCCGGCCCUGUGGGGAAGCAGUGCAGGAAUUACUGACUCCAACAAGGAGACAAAGGCCUUACAAGUGCUGUUACUACCCUGAGCUGGCUCCUCAGCCUAAGACUUUGCCUCACAUCACCCUCAUCCGGGGAACCUGGGAAAGACCAGGCUGUGAGUAGCCUCAGGUCCAGGUAGUACAGGAGGCAUCACCUUGAAAUCCUGCAGGCUGGUCUGCUUGUAGUGUCACCACAGGUGACUGGGGUUUACCCUUCUUACCUCUUCCGGGAAGAGGGGAGCAUCUACAGCUAAAGUCUGCCUUCUGCUCUCAAUG